AUGUCCUCAUUAUCGCAGCCAACAUCACAACCAUCACCACCUAAAUACCUCCAAAAAAUCAAAUCCAAAAUUAUUAGUCAUCGACAUCACCAUCACUACCAAGGCGCGGCGCCAGCACCCGACGAGUGGGCACAACCGCGCGUGCUGGCUCCGCCGGAAUCUACAGAGUCGUCGGUCUCCAAGAAGCCUAGGCAGUCACCACAGACGGUAGACCGCAGCGUGCUGUUGGCUGUUGCAACGUCAAAUCGGAACUGCCGAACUCGAAGGCCCGAAUUGCUCCAGAGUCCAGACUGUUGUGCAUCUAGUCCCACCACUCAUUCUAGUCGAGCACAAGAGUUAUUGAAUAACACAAAGAAGUCCCGGGCUCAAUUUAAUAUGGAUGAUCUUGUAUCUGAUCUAGGGAUACGCCCCCCUAUCGAGUCGUAUGAUCCUAAUAUCAGAGAUGAUGUUAGGAUGGCAUAUUUGGAGAAGGGUCCUUGUCAACCAUAUGGACAUGAUUUUCCAAGAAAAUCGAUGGGGAAUGAUAGUAGAUGUUUUCGGAAAGAAUGGUUCUCCGAAUUUCAUUGGUUGGAAUACAUUAUAGAAAAGGAUGUGGCGUAUUGUUUGCAUUGCUACUUGUUCAAACCCGAUAGAGGGGGUCAAGGGGGUGGCCAUAUAUUUACUAAGACCGGCUUUAGGGAUUGGAAGCACAAAAAGAUAUUGAAAGAUCAUGUCGGUCUCUUUGAUAGUGCUCAUAAUCAAGCUUUUGCAAAGUGUACCAACUUGAUGAAUCAAAAGCAAAGAUUGUCAUUUCGUGGUCAUGAUGAAUCGAAAGACUCUCUUAAUAGAAGAAAUAUAAUUGAGUUACUGAACUGGUAUGCAGCUCAUUGUAAAGAAAUUAAAGAAGUAUUAUUUAGUAAUGUUCCUGGAAAUGACCAAAUGACUUCACCAACCAUCCAAAAUGAUUUGGUUAAUUGUUGUGCCGUAGAGACAACAAGGGCUAUUAUCAAUGAGAUAGUUGAUUCUUUGUUUUCAAUUUUGGUUGAUGAGCUCGUGAUAAUUCUAUGA